GAGGAGGAGGAGGAGGAGGGCAGCAAGAUGGCGGUGGUGGCGCCGCUGCUGGCGCUGCUGUACUCGGUGCCGGGGCUGUGCCGCUGGCUGGCGCGGCCGUACUACCCGCUGUCCGCGCUGCUCGCCACCGCCUUCCUGCUCGUCCGCAAGCUGCCGCCGCUCUGCCGCGGGCUGCCCUCGCAGCGGGAGGACGGCAACCCCUGCGACUUCGACUGGCGGGAGGUGGAGAUCCUCAUGUUCCUCAGCGCCAUCGUGAUGAUGAAGAACCGACGCUCCAUCACGGUGGAGCAGCACAUCGGGAACAUCUUCAUGUUCAGCAAAGUGGCCAACGCCAUCCUCUUCUUCCGUCUUGACAUCCGCAUGGGGCUGCUCUACCUCACGCUCUGCAUAGUCUUCCUGAUGACGUGCAAGCCGCCACUCUAUAUGGGCCCCGAGUACAUCAAGUAUUUCAGCGACAAGACCAUAGACGAGGAGCUGGAGCGGGACAAGCGGGUGACCUGGAUCGUCGAGUUCUUCGCCAACUGGUCCAGCGAGUGCCAGUCCUUCGCCCCCAUCUUCGCCGACCUCUCUCUCAAGUACAACUGCUCGGGGCUGCACUUCGGGAAGGUCGACGUCGGCCGGUACACGGACGUCAGCACCAGGUACAAGGUCAGCACCUCGCCCCUCACCAAGCAGCUGCCCACCCUCAUCCUCUUCCAGGGCGGGACAGAAGUCAUGCGCCGCCCGCAGAUCGACAAGAAGGGCCGGGCUGUGUCCUGGACCUUCUCGGAGGAGAACGUGAUCCGCGAGUUCAACCUCAACGAGCUCUACCAGAAGGCCAAGAAGCAGGCCAAGCCGCGCGACGAGGGCGCCGAGGAGGCUCCCGAGGGGCAGGCGGCCGCGGGGCUGGCCAACGGGGAGACCAAGAAGGACAAGUAGAAGCCACCCGCACCCUGCUCACCCGCCGUCACCCCGCCGUCACCCCCCUGUCCCCGCGCCCGGGGACCGCGCAGCGCUGUCGGCGGCUCCCGGUGGCCCCGGCGGGCUCUGGGCUCCCCCUGCCCGCCGCGGUGGGGCUGGGGGCCGGGUCCCGGGGCCGGUACCGCGUGUCCGCGGCGGGCAAUAAACCUCCGGUGGCGGC